CACUCUUUUGGUGAGUUGUAUGUGAAAUAAUGUGCCUCUGGUACCUACAACAAUAGGGCUAGUUUGAUAUUGAUAAUGUAUAUGGAAAACAUGAUUGUAGAUAAUACACUAAGAUUCCCACUUGAAACCAAUAUGAAUUCAUAUCCCAAUAUCUUGACUCCUCCUUCAAGCAGCGAAGAUUCCCCACAACCAGUAUAUUUUGUGGCAUCUCCAAACUCUAUUAGUUUUCAAGGACCAGAAACAUAUCUUUCUAGAGACCCAACAUUCAGUAUCCCCCAAUCUAAUGCUGUGAUCAACCCACAUGUUCUAAUGGAUGUCCAAGCAGGAGCAUCGCUGGAAUUCAUAGAGCAACCAACAGACCGAUUUAGAUUCCGUUAUAAAUCUGAAAUGGCUGGUACACAUGGAAGCUUGACUGGUGUGAAUUCCGAUAAGUCAAGGAAACAAACGUAUCCAACAGUAGAAGUACGGAACUGUGUUGGUAAAGUUAUUGUAAGAUGCUCAAUAUAUCAGUUGGCCACCAAUCCUGCCAAUCAGAAGGAUUUCAUGCCUCAUGCACAUCGGCUCAUUAUGAAAAAGGGAAAAGAUGAACUUGACGAUCCCCAUGAUAUAGAAAUUGGUCCUGAGGAAGGAUACAGAGCAGUAUUUCACGGAAUGGGGAUCAUACAUACUGCAAAGAAAAAUAUAGUAUCAGAAUUAACAAGAAAGAAGUCACAGUUGAAAAAAGAAUUUAUAGCACGUACUGAAGGAAAAAUUAGAGAACUCACAACAAAGGAACUUGUUGAGAUUAAAGGAUUGGCAGAAUCCGAAAGCAAAUCCAUUAACCUGAAUAUUGUUUGUCUAAGAUUUGAUGCCUUCAUUAAGCAAAAUGGUAUCCUUUUUCCACUUUGUGAACCUAUCUAUUCUCAUGGCAUAAAUAAUCUGAAGAGUGCGUUGACAGGAGACCUGAAAAUUUCAAGGUUGGAUCACUGUGUAAGUGAGGCGAAAGGUGGCAAGGAGGUAUACAUUUUGGUGGAACGAGUAACAAAAAAAAAUAUCAAGAUCCGAUUUUAUGAAACUGAUGAUGAAGAUAGAGUAGUUUGGGAGGAUUAUGGAAAGUUCAACGAUUUAGAUGUGCAUCAUCAAUAUGCCAUCGUUUUCAAGACACCUAAAUAUCGUGAUCAGAAUAUUAACCACACCGUUAAAGUGUUUAUUGAGUUGGUACGACCUUCGGACAUGGCACGGUCAGAGCCGAGAGAUUUUCGGUAUAUCCCAAACAAGGACAUUUAUAAAGCAGGACGAAAGCGAGCGCGGUAUGACUACAGCAGCUCCACGAGUUACGAUAGCUCAAAUAUAGGAAGUGAUGAGCUGCCUGUUGUCCUAAAUGCCCUUCAAAUGGAUCCAUCACACAAUAUCUUGAGUGGACUGAAUACGAGUAAUUUGAGCGAGGAAUUGAAGAAAGCUAUGGACGAUAUGAAUUCAGAUGAAUUCAAAAAAAUUUAUAAUGCAAACUGGGAAGAGAUUACAUCUAUUUUUGAAUUGGAUGCCCCUAAAAAUGUUAGCAGAAAUAUUGUAAUACAUCACGAAAUGGCAGAGCCCCAGAUGAACUAUUCGAAAAUAUGUGUAGAUGAAACUGAAAUUCGCGGACAUGUAGAGUGCCAGAUGAGUGACACCUCAGUAAGAGUUGUUCUCAAACUGGAAGUCACCGAAGACGAAGAACGAACAGCUGUUAGGGUUAUUCAAGAACUCCGAAGUUUCAUAAAAUCCACUCAUACAAAACAAGAAGCGAUAGAAGUCAUCAAACACUAUCUGGGAGAAGACGAAAAAACCAACGCCCUUCAUGUUGCCAUAUGCCGUAAGGAUACAGAUGCAGCAAUGUUCCUCCUCAAAAUAAUAGCGUAUUACAAACAGUUUCACCUCAUUGGAAAUAAGAACAGUGAUGGCCUAACUCCCCUACAUCUUGGUGUACUCUGUCACAAUGAAUAUUUGGUCAAGGUUUGCCUGCUGUGUCGAGCAAAAAUAUCUGCUACGGAUGGCGAGUUGAACACUCCGCUACAUCUUGCUGUCACGAAAGAUUCCUCGAAGGAGAUGUUCGAGAUGCUCCUCUGUAAUAGAGAUUGUGAAAAGAUUUCAGAAUAUGUUGAUGCCACAAAUACUAAUGGGGACACAGCACUCAUUAUGGCAAUAGAAAGAAGAAACAUGGCAGCCAUCAAAUUGCUCUGCAUGCAUGGCGCUGAUGUCAAUAAAAUACACGAUAAAAAUGGUUUCGUGCCUUUACGAUUUGCCAUAGAAAAAGAACGUACCGAUGUGGUGAAAUUUCUUUUGAGCUUGCCUUAUGUGGAUGCAUCUAUCAAGGAUUUCAUGAAUGUGUCCCCACUGUUAGCUGCUAUCAGCAAAAGUACAUCAGAAGACAUCACCAAUGUUAUUCAAAAGUACAUGGAUGAUCGUGGUAUCAAAAUUGAGGUGAAAGAAGAAAUUGAAGCGGAGUCUGAAGAAGAAGAAGAAGAAGAGGAGAUGGAAAUUGAAUUGAAAGAUGUUAAACCACAAAUUCCACUUGAUGAAUUGGAGAAACUGUACGCAAAAGUCACCAAUUUCACUCCAAAAUGUUUGGAUGAAGUUUCCGCCAUGCUUGACAGAAGUAGAAACUGGGGUCCAUUAUCCGAUUUGCUAACAGUCGAUCACUUGAUCAGUAGUGGUGUGAUAUACUCUGAUGGCAGUAUGAGCAAGGCUUUACUAGUAUAUUGUGUGGAGACUAACCAUAAUUCUUUAUGGACGAUAAGGAAUUUCUUGGAAAACUUGGAUGAACUUGGAGCUGUUCAAGCCAUGGAUACUAUGGUUAGAGAAUCAUGAAUGCGUUGGAACUUCAUAAUACCAUGUGAUAUAUUAAAUGUUGUACAAAACAGUUCAUUAUAUUAUUUUUAAUCUAU